AUGGCCCCUCUCCAACCCGGCGACUCGUUCCCCGCCAACGUUGUCUUCAGCUACAUCCCGCCGACCGGCAGCCUGGACCUGACCGUGUGUGGCCGGCCGAUCGAGUACAAUGCCAGCGAGGCCCUGGCCAAGGGCACCUCAGUACUGGUCGCCGUUCCAGGCGCCUUCACUCCUACCUGCCAGGAGAAGCAUGUGACGGGCUUCAUUGCGAAGCUGGAUCAGCUGCGGCAGGCCGGCGUAGACCGCGUGCUGUUCAUUGCAUCCAAUGACGCCUUUGUCAUGUCGGCAUGGGGCAAGGCGAACGGUAUCAAGGACGAGAGCAUUCUCUUCCUCUCUGAUUCCGAUACUGCCUUCAGCAGCAGCAUCGGCUGGGCCAAUGCUGGCCGCACCGGCAGGUAUGCUAUCGUAGUCAAGGAUGGUAAGGUCGUCUACGCCGCUGUCGACACGGUGCGUGGUAGCACUGAGAAGUCGGGCGUUGAUGCUGUCCUGACCGUCCUUGGGAAUCAGGGCAAGCUUUGA